GCCACUACCCAUCUAAUAUCCUAACAUAAAUAUACAUUCUGUGUGUCACGUUCGUCAUAUUCAACCAUGAUGCCACAGGGUACCAUCUCGGUGGCUACCCUAUUCAUUCUGGUCAUAAAAGUUUACGAGGGAUAUGCAACAUAUUAUGUUCCGCCACGACAAACAUGUGCUUAUUGGGGAUCGUGGGCUGAUGUCCCAGGCCAAUGUAAUCCACCACCAACAUGCAACCCGAUAUCAAAACGUGAGAUAGAACAUGCAGUAACCAAACGUUCGUCUCCCGUACGAUGCACCAUGACGAAUUACCAAUGUAAAGUAACAAGAACAUGCCAAAGGUGUGGAUACCAAAAACGCAGUGGCGGAUCGUCGUGUUCAAGAGUAGAAUACAAAACAGUUAAUCGCUUGUGCUGUAAACCAAUUCCCACUACUCCGCCACCUCCGCCCCGUCCAACUUGUAAAUGGAAACCUUGGGGAACGUGGGUAAAGGGCACUUGCAUGAAACAAGGACAACCCCAGCCAAACCACCGCUGCCCGACGCCUCUUCAUCUGCAAGGGAAAUAUAAGUGCUAUAGAACCCGUCGGUGCUAUUGUGAUGGACGAGGUUACAGCGAAUCAAAGUAUUGCAGUGGGCCUUCAAAAGAAUAUGAAUACAAGCCAUGUUGUCUGCCUCCACCUUGUAAAUGGAAGCCUUGGGGAACAUGGAUAAAGGGCUCAUGUGUGAAACUUGGACA